CUCUUCCGCAGCAAGUGACGUGGCGUUGUUGCUAUGGGACCAGCAGCAAGAGCUGUAUGUUCCAGGCUCCUUCCGGUCUCUGCCAUAUCACUUCCGGUGACUGGAAUAGGAAGUGGCAAGUUCUUAGAGGGAUCUCAUACCUAACAGGGGCAGUAAGUAUAGUGCAUAUUAUUAUUAUUAUUAUUAUACAGUGUCUAACAUUGUGUCUGUUAUUGGUAUUAUUAUUAUUAUUAUACAGUGUCUAACAUUGUGUCUGUUAUUGGUAUUAUUAUAUAGUGUCUAACAGUGUGUCUGUUAUUAUUAUUAUUAUUAUUAUUAUUAUUAUAUAGUGUCUAACAGUGUGUCUGUUAUUAUUAUUAUUAUUAUUAUUAUUAUUAUUAUAUAGUGUCUAACAGUGUGUCUGUUAUUAUUAUUAUUAUAUAGUGUCUAACAGUGUGUCUGUUAUUAUUAUUAUUAUACAGUGUCCAACAUUGUGUAUGUUAUUAUUAUUAUUAUUAUUAUAUAGUGUCUAACAUUGUGUCUGUUAUUAUUAUUAUACAGUGUCUAACAGUGUGUCUGUUAUUAUUAUUAUUAUUAUUAUUAUUAUAGUGUCCAACAUUGUGUCUGUUAUUAUUAUUAUUAUAUAGUGUCUAACAUUGUGUCUGUUAUUGGUAUUAUUAUAUAGUGUCUAACAGUGUGUCUGUUAUUAUUAUUAUUAUUAUUAUUAUUAUUAUUAUAUAGUGUCUAACAGUGUGUCUGUUAUUAUUAUUAUUAUUAUUAUUAUUAUUAUAUAGUGUCUAACAGUGUGUCUGUUAUUAUUAUUAUUAUAUAGUGUCUAACAGUGUGUCUGUUAUUAUUAUUAUUAUACAGUGUCCAACAUUGUGUAUGUUAUUAUUAUUAUUAUUAUUAUAUAGUGUCUAACAUUGUGUCUGUUAUUAUUAUUAUACAGUGUCUAACAGUGUGUCUGUUAUUAUUAUUAUUAUUAUUAUAGUGUCCAACAUUGUGUCUGUUAUUAUUAUUAUUAUAUAGUGUCUAACAUUGUGUCUGUUAUUGGUAUUAUUAUACAGUGUCUAACAUUGUAUCUGUUAUUAUUAUUAUUAUUAUUAUACAGUGUCCAACAUUGUGUCUGUUAUUAGUAGUAUUAUACAGUGUCCAACAUUGUCUGUUAUUAUUAUUAUUAUUAUACAGUGUCCAACAUUGUGUAUGUUAUUAUUAUAUAGUGUCUAACAUUGUGUCUGUUAUUAUUAUUAUUAUACAGUGUCCAACAUUGUGUAUGUUAUUAUUAUUAUACAGUGUCUAACAUUGUAUCUGUUAUUAUUAUUAUACAGUGUCCAACAUUGUGUAUGUUGUUAGUAUUAUUAUACAGUGUCUAACAUUGUGUCUGUUAUUAGUAUUAUUAUACAAUGUCCAACAUGCUAUAUGUUGUUAUUAUUAAACAGUGUACACCAUGGUAUUUGUUAUUAUUAUACAGUGUCCAACAUUGUGCUAUGGUGUAUGUUGUUAUUAUGAGAUAGUUUUCCUCAUGGAAUGGUAUAGGUUAUUUGUUAUACAGGUUAUGCAAUUGUUCGUGGUAUGGUGUAUGUUAUUACUAUUGUACAGUAUCCCAUUUUAUAUGUUAUUUCUAUUGUACAGUAUCUUGCCUAAGUAUGUUACUGCAAAGUAUUCUUUUUGGAAUGCUAUGUUAUCGGUAUUAUAUAAGAAACACCAUGUUAUUGCUUUUGUACAGUGGACAGUAUAAUACUAUAUAAGUUCCAAAUUAUAAUUACUGCCUUAUGGUAAUUCUGCUAUGAUUGCAGUAUAUGCAACAGUCUAAUAUAAAAAAUGAACAGUUAUUCUCUAACACAGAGGUAGGCAACCUUCAGGACUGCAGGUGCUCUUACAAACAUAAUACUUGCAAAGCAUCAGGGGAGAUGUAGUCCACAACAUCUGGAGUGCGAAGGCUGCCUAUCCCUGCUCUAAGGUAUGAAUUGUCAAGAAUUCAAAGCAAAUUUAACAUUUUAUGGAAAAGUAGCUGAACUGGAAACAUUGCCAACUUGGAGAAUUUUUCAAAUUCAGUUUUUGGCCUAAAAUCUUUCAUUCUAUGAGUUUUCCACAGUUAACAUUUAAGUUUAAAUAACAAUCCUUCACAGAGAUAUCUUAGAUAACUUUUGUGCAUGCAUGGCCAACCAAAGUGUAUUCCAAGGAGUAUUCCAAAUUCUGGCCUUCCGGCUCUGGAUGUUGCUGAACUAUAACUCCCAUGAUUCUCUGACUAUUUAUUAUAUACAAAGAAUUAUGUUGUAGUUGAGCAACAUCUGCAGAUUUGAGUUUGGAGAACCCAGCUUUACUGUUAAAUCCUGUCAAAGUGUGAAGCUUGCUGCCACAUCCACAUCACAACCUGUAGUGUUCCACUUGUGACAAAUUAUCAUCUUGAAUGUUGGGAGCACAAAAUGAUUUUCCCCCCACCCCAAACAUGGAAAGAGUUAAUAAACUCUUUUUUUAACACUUAUCCGAUUCCAGAGCCAGUGUCCCUCAGCACCGAGUCCAUGCUUUGCCUCCUCUGAUGUCAUCCAAUGGGUGGGCUAAUGAGGAUGUCUAGCAGCAAAUAGAAUAUUAAAAAUCCUGUGAAGUGGCAGCUUGCUGUUGGCAAUGGAAACCCUUUUUAAUAUCAUCUUGGAUUAAAACCCUGUAUAUAAACAUUGAGUAUUUCAUUAUAUGAUGCGUUGUGAAAGACAUAGAAUGUGACGGCAGAUAAGAACCAUUCGGCCCAUCUAGUUUGCCCAAUAGACAUAUCCUUUUUCUAUAGAAAUGAAGGAUGCUCACUCGCCGGUUUGGAAUAUUGUUAAACGUAGUGAAUUUUCAGGUUGCCAUAGCGGACUCCAGAUCAAGUAAUGUUAAUUGAGAUUCCUCAUUUGAAAUAGCUAUACUUUAAGUAAGGAAUCAUAUUACCCUUGUUGUCCUAUUCUUAGCCUUGUGAUAUGAUCUAACAUAGAUACACAUGUUGUGUAUGAAAUAUUGACAUGCAGCCAAGUGUAAGUUCAGAGGUUUAGAUCCUGGAACAGAACAUUUUGGAUACAUGACUGGGUUGGAGGUCACUUGCUGUGUACACAUGGAAAGUAAACAUGCAUUACUAGCAAAUACAUUGUUUUCAAGCAUUUGAAUCUCUCAUCUAGUAUACCCUGGGAUUUUAUACAAUAGGAAAACCUUUCCCAUUUCUGAGAAAAAUAAUCCUAUGAAAUUAUGUGAUUUCUAUUGUGCUUUUAUUGCUGGUUUAUUUGUGCAUCUACGUGUACACCUUAAAGGGACACUAUAGUCAACUGCAGCUUAAUGUAAUUGUUCUGGUGAGUAUAAUCAUUCCGUUAGGCUUUUUGCAGUAAACACUGUUUUUUCAGAGAAAAGCCAAUGUUUACAUUACAGCCUAGGGAUACCUCCAGUGGCCACUCCUCAGAUGGCUACUAGAGGUGCUUCCCGGGGCAGUGCUGCACAGUGUGACUGACAUUCAGUGUCUCCACCCUCUGCACACUGAAUUUUCCUCAUAGAGAUGCAUUGAUUCAUUUUAUCUCUAUGAGAAGGUGCUGAUUGGCCAGGGCAGCGUUUGGCCCAUCACCCCACGCUGCCUCUUUGGGAUUAUCAGAAUUCUGAUAAUGUCAACCAAGGAGGCAGAUCAGAUGCAGAGUCAGCACUAGCCGACUGGAAUAAAGGUAAGAUUUUACUAUAUGUAGGGAGGUCAUGGGGGCUAGAUUGUGUUUUUAACACUAUAGGGUAAGGAAAAAUGUUUGUGUUUCUAAGCCUAUAGUGUUCUUUAUCAUUAACUAGUUUGGGUGGAGUGAGACACAUUAGAUCGGGGUAACCGUGUGACACAAACUAAAGGUUAGUUCUCCUCAUUCAUUCUGUUAUUUAUGUUGGAAUAAACAGAACAAAUUGCUGUCUCAGUAUCUAUAUGUGUUUAGGGAAAUCUUUCUUAGAGUUAUUAACCAUUUCACUGGGUAAAACUGAUCAUGAAUCCAAAUUGUGAGUGAAUUUCCUGUAUUCUGGGUUAUUUUUCUGAUAAAACUGAUAAAUGUCACCGUUACCUGGUUAGGUUUAAUAAAUACACAUUUACAAACAAGGAUGUUACACGUGUUAAGUUGGCUCUUAAUCACCUCUCUCUGCCAGGAACUAGCUUUGAAGUAUUAGUAGCAGUACAUGCAUAGAGGGCAAGUGUAGCCACCAUAAUGGACAUGCAGGGUGAGUAUGUGUAUGUGUAGCCAUGUACACAUUGUGGGAUAACUGUAAUAUUUUUAGAAGCUCUGGAUUCUUGUAAAUCGCCAUAAUUGCAAUUGUCACCUCCUUCACGUGUCUCUCGUUAAGCUGACCAGGCUUGGGGUUCUGUAGUUUAUCUAUAAGGUAGUGUUUCAGGCAGAGUAAUCUCACAUGCAGCAUGGUAAUUCAAUUAGUCACUUUAUUACAGAACUGAUCACUAAACAUCCUUUCUUGUAAUGUUCUAAAUUGGAGAGCUUUAAACAGGUUUUCCAAGUUAGUGACUCAUUCAGAAAAGGAGAUUUAAGUCUAACUGAGCUGAGGAGGAGUCUGGCAAAUGACUUGGCAAGGAGGCAGUCGUGUUUGCGUACUAAAGCCCUGUUUGUGUGUCUCCUUUCACAGAAGGACAUUGGGAACAGGAACCCCAAGUAACUGCACUCAUAGCCGGUCAUGGCAGGGAAGAACGGGGACGCAUUCAGUCCUGCAGCUGAAGAGGGACCUAGUGGGAUUAUUAACAAGUAUGAGCUGUAACGAGCCAUCACCUGAUUUGUUUGGAAAUGUUUGUGAUCAGUAAGACACUUGUACCUUUCAGCUCUAAGAACAAGCUUAGCGAUCACCCCGAACAUUUCCAUGUCCUCACAAUCAGGAGGUGGAAUGAAGCUGCAAAAAUGUCAUUAAUCAAAUUAAGAAUGCUAAAAGCAAACAUUUCCUUUUCAUAUAUUUUGUUUCCCUCUUGUGUUUUGUGUUGUCCAUACAUUUAUUUACACAAUUCACGUUUUUUUAAAAUCCAAUUUAAUCAAGCACGCACAAUGUUAUAUUCUUUAGGGCAGGGGUAGACAACUCACAAUUUUGUUGACUACAUCUCCCAUAAUACUCUUACAGCUUUGAUGUUGGCCAAGCAUCAAGGGAGAUUAAUGUUACCUACCCCUGCUUCAGGACAAAUACACAACCUUAGACAGCAAAGCAACAACAAAAAAUAGCUAGCUCGAACUGUGUAUUCUCACUUCGUUUAAAUCACCCAGUUUCAUAUAUGAAGGCUCAAGAUUUCAAGUGAUUGAAGCCUAAAUUGGAUUUGCCACAGCAAACCUUGUCCUGCAGCUUAGGGUUGCCCGCGUGCUCCUUAUUUUUGCUCCUAUGCCUGUGACAUUUCAGCAAAAGCUAAAUAAGUCCUGACAAAAAUGGAAAUAUUAUUUUUGCUAUACAUGUGCAUUCUGUUGGGCUAAUGCAAUGUAACUGUCUGGGAUGCAUGCAGGGUCUCCAUUGCUUGCCUGCGUCUUGUGUGCACCCCUCUCCAUCUUUUAUUUCCUUUUAGCCAAUAUCCUUACUUGCAUUCCUCAAUUCACAUAUCUACCGUCAGCAGUACUAUUUAUUUUACCACCUAUAUAGCAGUGCUUCACUCUGCAACUAUAUUCUAUAGUUUUAAACUUAUCUAUAAAAAAAUUUCACCCCAUCCAAAUGUCACAUUUUCCACAUUAGAGUUUUUCAGUCCCAGAGAAAAUAGAAAAGGACAAAAAUAAAAUAACCAAUAAACUGUUCUUUCUGAGUUGGAUAUGAUAUAUUUAUUUAUAAAUGUUUUUUUUUUGUUUUGUUUUUUUAUAUGCAGGUUUAACAGCACCUUAAAAUGAAGGACUAUUAAGUCUUUGUCUGCAUUAGGCUUGUUAUGAAAUAUUGAUUAUUGCUGCUGGUUCUUUGCUACCUGUUACUUUUGGGCUGUUUGGAAUGUUUGCUUUAUAAUCAUAAAUCUACUUCUAUUGCAGCAUUGGUAGAUCACGCACUCCAUGGCUUUGCUGGUUUCAAACUUAAUGUGCUUAAAUUAAUAAAAAUAUAAAAAGAAAAUACAUUUCCUCUCUCUGGGUUUCACUUCCUGCUUUUUAACCUUUUUCCCACUGUGCUCUAUGCAGAAUACUUCCCAAGAUGAUCACCCAAGCCACAGCAAAGGACUGGUUUGACCGGCGCCGUGCGCACAUCCGCCCGUGGAGUAACUUUGUUGACCAGCGGCGCUUUUCUCGCCCAGGGAACUUUGGGGAUCUGUGUAAGCGUGUCACCAGAAAUGUGGAACAUUUUCAGAGCAACUACAUCUUUAUCUUUAUGGGGCUCAUCAUGUACUGCAUGUAAGUGUGUCAAUGUGUCGCCCUUAAGAGUUUCACUAUAUUGCAGAUGAGUUUGUCAGUGGCUUUCAUGUUUGGUGAAAAACCCACCAGCACUGUAUACCCUACAAUGGGCAUAGACAACCUCCGGCACUCCAGAUGUUGUGGACUAAAUGUCCUCUGAUGCUUUGCCAGCAUUAUGUCAGUAAGAGCAUUAUGAGAGAUGUAUCCCACAACAGACUAGCCAACAAUAUGCAUUGUCAGUCAGUGGUUGCAAUGCCAUUAAGGUAUUGUCAUUCAUAAUAAGGUUUAUUAAUUCACGUAAUUUCAGUAUAAUUUGAUUCUUUAUAAAUCAGUAGUAAGACCCCAUCUUGAAUAUGCGGUAAAGUGCUCAACAUCAGUUUUAAAAACGGAUAUCUUGAUACUAGAAAAAGUGUGGAGGCAGACUACAAAAUUAAUAAAGGGAACAAAAAGCUAUAAAAGGUGAACUUGUUGCUUUAGAAAAAUACAAGGCUCAAGGGAAUAGAAUCAUGUUACUCAAAUAUAAAUAUAGCCGGUAUAAACAGCUAUCUGGUAACAUGUUAAUUAAUAGAACUGUACAAAGAUUUAGGCUUAAAGAAAUUAGAUCUUACCUACUGAAAAGGAAAAUGUUCUUGUACAAUAUGAACAAUUAUGUAGUGGAAUCCUUUGCCUAAAGAGGUGAUUUUAUCCUACUCUGUGCAUAUCUUUAAACAAUGUGUGGAUGCUCUUUUGAAAAAACAUAAUAUAUAGUAGUUGAUAUGCGAGCAAACAGCUUGUUGAUCCAGGAUCGAUCUACCAUUUUGAGGUUAAAGGGACACUCCAGACCCUUAGAGCACUUCUGAUUGCUGAAGUUCUUUAUGCGUUGAACAUGUCUUUUUUUUUUUUUUACAAAAAAUACGGAUUUCAAUAGAAAUUGACACUCUUGCUACCUCCCCCCAGAGGCGCCUAUUAGACUACCAUUACUUUUACUUCCUGGUUGCUUGGCUCAAUGGAGCUAAACUCCAUAGGCAGCAGUUUCCCAGAGGUCCUGUCUGGCAUAGAGCAGCAUUGUGAAGUCUAUGAUUGGACAGCCACAGAAAGUCUGGCGGGGUUAGAAGGGGAGGACUUCCAAAGGAUGCAGACAAUAAAUCUGCAGCUUUUGCAAGCUGUUUUAGAUAUACCCACAUUGAAUAAAAAUGCGUAAUUAAAUGCAUGAAUGUUUUCAUUGAGAGAAUAUCUACUAAAUUGUGAUUGUUUUUUUUUUGUAUUUGGGAAGUUAAGCUUUAAGAAAUAAUAUAUUCCAUAAUAUAUGUCAAACUUGGAAAUCUCUUUAUUUUGAGUUUUUCGCCUUCUUCAAUAGCGGAAACAGGUGUGUGUGUGAGGUUGAAUUUGAUAGACUUCAGUCUUUUUUGUUGUUGCCUACUUUACUAUGAAACUAUGGAAGAGUGUUAUUACACUACAUGUUAGUGUGUCAGUGGGUUGCAUACAAUAGUGUAACUACACUGUGUGGGUUUCAGUAGACACAUAUCGUAUCAGUACAAAUACACACUGCUCUAACUCGUGUUCUCCUUGUUGUUAUUAAUCGGAUUCCAUCUUCCCCCUGUGAUCUAAUGCUGUAUUAGUUUAAAUUUUUACCAAUUAUUGCUUUGUGUUUUCUCCCAGCAUCACCUCUCCCAUGUUACUCAUUGCAUUAGCUGUGUUUUUUGGGGCCUGUUACAUCAUCUACUUGAAGACCCUACAGUCUAAGAUCGUCCUUUUUGGUGAGUCAGAUUUUCUGUUCUACAAGAGGUCUCAUGUUACAAAUGGCUACAAGAUAAGGAAUUUGUUGAAAACAGGUGUAAGUGCGUCACUUAUAUGAAGGAUUGGAUACAUGUCAAAAAAUAAUAAUAAAAACAAAUUGUGCCUGAACAGUGUGUCAAUUAAUUGCCUACUGGAAUGUGAACUUUUAUAUCUACUAAAUUUGACUGGUUCCCAUUAAAAAUGGUAGUCCAUUUACAAAGUACUAGGUAAUGAUCCAGUUUCUCAUAGAAAUGACGCUUUAAUAUUUGCGAUUGCGUGAGACAAUUCUGAUUUAAUGUCUCUACAGGUCGUGAGCUUAGUAUGGCAAAUCAAUAUGGCAUUGCUGGAGCUGUAUCGUUCCCCUUUUUUUGGCUAGCUGGUGCUGGAGCAGCGGUUUUCUGGGUUCUGGGUAAGCAAAUUUAUGUGGGAAUCUCUGACACUUUUUUAUUAAAUGAAGUCCUGUUUGGACUGUGUCUUCAUUGUUCUCUCUUAACCUGAAAAGUGCUUUCUUUCCUUUUUCAUAAUCUCUUGUCUAAUGAGACAAUUACAUUUUCUCUCUCCCUUACCUUCCUGCAGGAGCCACUCUUGUGGUGAUCGGGUCCCACGCGUCUUUCCAUGAAGUGGAGGGGGAUGUUGAGGAGCUGCAGAUGGAACCAGUUUAAUAGUCUCUAGAUGGAAUGUCCUCCUUUUUGGGCAGUAUUGGGGUUCCCUUGCCAAUUUCCCAUUCCCCUUUCAAUAUAACCUUUACUGUUCCAGCAGGGACCUUUCUAUCCGCAGCAUUUGCACAUAUUUAAUUCCAUGUAUCAGUGACAGUUGUCAAGAAGCUGCGUUUCCCUCUUUAAUUGAGACUAGCCAAACCUGAUGAGACUAUCAGCUUUACAACAUAAUUGUGGCUUAGGCCAGCUUCUGGAAACUGCAUUUUUGUCCCCCCCUCCCCCCAGUGGCCCAGUAUGCACAAGACACAGGUGGAAGUGCACUUUCUUUUUAUAUCAGCCCUUUGUAUUACAGCCCCCUGUGGGCAAGUGUGGACCACCCAAGCUGGGAAUAGAAUUCAUUAUUGUAAGGGUUUCUAUAUCUUUUGAAAUUGUAAACAUUAUCUGUAUCUAUCUAAAUAUCGUGAUCUUGUUUUCUUAAUAUAUUAAACCUGUAUUAAACACAGCUUACAUAUUUUCAUUUCCCUGCGCAGUGUUAAUUUAAAUGUCCUGUAUCAACCAUAGACUUUUUUUUUUUUCCCCUUUCUUUUCUCCACUUUUUCUUUUUCCCUAUACAUAUGAACUCAUCUUAGGAACACAAUCAGGAGACUCAACAUAGACUUGGAUCACCAUUCCAUACAGUGUGUUAUUAAAGGAUUUGGUUGAUACAUCAAGGAUUAAAGUGUUGACAAAUUUGCUUCUUCACUAAGACUUCUCUUUGUUAAUAUGGUUGUGUAUGUUAAUGGUCUGCCACACAUCCUUGUUUUUUAGUUGGUCCCACCUGUUUGCGGAUCCAAAGUUCUUUAUCUUUCGACUUGUGCCUGACUGGUGUGCAGUCUCCGACCCAUGGUUUAUACAUAAUAAGCAAACAUAAUAACCACUCUCCAAG